AUGGAUAUUUAGCAAGAGAGAGACAGAAGUAUUUAUCAAACUCUAGAUAUAAACCCACAAAAUUAGGAAUAUGCUCACCUAUUAAACAGAUCCAAUUCAGAAACAAACUUGCAUAGUACCAAAAGAAUAUAUAACAGAAAGGAGAUAAGGGCAAUAUCAAGAAAGAAAAAGACUGAUAUGCUGAAAGACUUGAGGAUCUAAUAAAAACGAUUUCACAUUGAGAACUAGCUAUAGCUCAUUGAGCCUACUGAAGAUAAUAAAAACAAGUUGGAAUAAUCGAAUUCUGCAUCUAUUAAUGCUGAUGUAAAAGUUAGCCUUCUUGAUUAAUAAGCUCCAAGAUAAUCUUAAGGCUGUUGCAGCUUCUGGGGCAUAUUUAGAAGAAAAAAUAAAGCAAUAGAGAAGCCAAAUAUUUCAAAAUAGCGAAGAAAAUCUAAUAGAAGUAGGCUAAUAAGUAAAACAGUGCAAGAUUGGAUCAUAUAUAUGGAGAAAAAUUUGAAAUAAAUUCAAGAUACUCAAUGGUCUAAUAACUUGAAAAUUUAUCUCAAGAAAAACCUGAAUACUUUUCAAUCCACUAAAUUUAGAUCCUAGAUAUACUAUCUUAAUUAUACAAAACAAGCAAUCGGAAAUCAACUCUAAUCUGUACCAGGAAGAGCUAGAAUGGAAACAAUCAAGCCAUCAAUGACAAGCCCGCGCCAAAUAAAACAUUCUAGACCUAUUUCUACUAAUAUAGGAACUACAAAUAAUGAUGAUCAUUCGUCUAAAGAAGUAUUAAGAAUGUAGUAGAGAAAUACAGUUUCUAGUAGGAAAAAUACUGUAAAUAGGGAGAAUGAGAACGAUCAUAAUAAUGAGUAUGUAAUUGAAUAUUCGGUAAAAUCAGUAGAGAAGCUGAAUGAGCUGGGCAAAGCAAGUCAACCUGAGAACAUACAGAUUGAGCAUUUUGUUGAGACAAAAUCAGAUGAUGAGCUCUCUGAUAUAUAUGCCGGUAAAAACGAUCUUCAAGAAAGUUAAGAAUGGAGAUUAAGAACAUAAUUCAAUUUUCAGAGAUAUCUCUAUUAGGUAUCUGACUUAAGGAAAGACAAUGAGCUAUUGGAAACUAUGGAGCUACCUAUGAAAACCUUAUUUGACAUCAUUAAGCAUCAGUUAAUGCAUGAAUAAAAUCCAUUGAAUGUAGUAUGCUAAACAUUUGCCUAAUACUUCAUAAAAUAAUAUAAGAAUGUAAUUAUCACCGAUUAAAGUGAAGAUAACUUCUAUCUUAUAUCAGAAUAGGAAAAUGACUAGUUCGAGUUAACAUCUAUCAAUCCUCUUCAGAGACAAAUUAUAGAACAGUCUUUAAUAAACAAUUUACUCGAUGAAUAUCUUGAUUAAGAAAAUGAUAACUUUUCAGAGAGAAUUGAAAUAAAUUUCUAAAACGAAACAAGAAAAUAAAAAUCGCAGCAGCAUCAUAGAAAUAUUUCAAGAAUUUCAAAGCAUAAGAAGAGCAGCAACAAAUUAAUUGAACUUAGAAAGAAUAUAUACAGAGAUGCUAAAAUGAUUCUGUAAGAUAUCAAAGUCUUCAGUUGCAUAAUAUAUGGAUGCUGCAUUAGAUUCUACAGUACAGUUAUUAAGAGCUAAGAAUUAGAAAAUAUGAAAGAGGACUUGAUUGAAACUCUGAUGAAAUGUGUUUAAGGUUAAAGACUAGCAAAUUUCUCUUAACAGGUGUGCUCAAUAAUAACAAUGGAAGAAGAUAUUAGAUUAUAGAGACAAAUCAAUAAAUUUAGAAAUGUAAAAUUAAUUGAACUAGGACUUAAUCCAAUGUUUUGCCUUGAUGAAACUAGCAACAUAAUGGAUCUAUUUAAUGAGUAAGUUGCUCAAGAAAUAAGCAAUGGAGACAUAGGCGGGAGUUCAGGUAAUUAAAAAAAAUCUAAAAAUCAUAAGCCUACUAUAAAAGAUUUGGAUUCUACUCAUAAAAGAAAAUCUUAAAUCACUGAUGAAUCCAAAAAGAAAAGGAUGAGCUAUUAACCCUUCUUAACAGAAUAGAGUAAGCAAGGGGAAGAUGAAAAAACAGAGAAGUAUUUUAGUUUAAGAUUAGAUUAAACGGAUGAUAAUGAACUUUUUUACAGCAUCCUUAACCCUUCAGUGGAAAGCGAAGAGGAUGAUGAAGAGGAAAAGCUUUUAGAAAAUGAGAUUAAAAGUAGAUCUAAGGUUGAAAUGAUAUAGUUGUUGCAUAAUAAGAUAGAGAAGAGAUUAUCUGUUAGACCAUAUGAAAUUGCAAUACAAGAAUUCAGGAAGAUUUUAAAUUAUCCUGCACCUCUAGACAAAAUGAGAUGCAUUCUUAGGAUUUCAAAAAUUAUUGUGAAAAAUAUAAAUGCUUUUUGGAAAGGCAUAAGCAUUGAUAGAGACAAGCUAACAAUAGAUGCUGAUUCAAUCCUGGGAAUUUAUAUUUUCAUCAUCAUAAAUUCAGAUAUACCAAACUUGAUGGCUUAAAUUAAGUUUAUGCAGACAUUUUCAACACCUUAUGUUCAAAAUAUUACCAAAUUAGGAUAUUGCUUGGAUACUUUAAACAUUGCACUCAAUCAUAUUUUAAAUAUGGAUUAAACUAAGCUUAUGAACUGGAAGAGUCCAAAUGAAUUUGAUCGGGAUGAGAUUAUUUCAGAGAGAAGAUCUCUUACUAAGAGUUAUAGAGAAUCAAUAAUCUCUAGAAAAAGGGUAGAGUCAUUGAGGAUAUAAGAUGAUCCAUUUGAUUCAUACAAGGCAUCUGAGGGGAUUAAAUUGUUUUGA